CCUCUUAAACGAUUUGGUCUUUUCGUCGGCAAGCUCCUAACUCCACCAGAAGCGAUGGCAGCGGGCGCACGUCAGCAAGUUUGCCAUCACCAAGAAGAGCAAAAAGUCUUUGCACAAAUCGGUAUACCAGUCUUCCUUACUUGUGCCAGUGACGAAUCUCGGCCACCAGCUCUGUUGGAAAUUAAUUUCAAUGAUGAAAAAAUUGCUCUUUCUUCAAGAAAUUGGACAACUUGCAAGGAGACGGAGGAAAGUAAAUGGCAAUCGGUGAGGCUAAUUUUGAGGUUGCUGAUCAAGUACGAAUUCAUAGUACCGCUUAGCGUUAAGUGUGAAGUUAAAAACGGCGAAGACUUCACAGAAAGUGGACCUCUUCGGAAGCCAUUUGAGGCGAUCGCUAGUGGUGCAAUUCAUCUCCACGGUAGGAUUUGA